AGAGGGUCUAGGAAAACACUCUCAGGGGCAGAAUCUAGAACCAGAGCAAAAGAUAGGACCAAACAGAGAAAACAAAUUGCAGCUAAAAUGAAAAAUGGCUUCAUGGAAAAGACGAACCGUCAGACACUGCCGCAACCUCCGAUAGUGCAGAGAUUCUAAACGAUAUUGAUAUUUCUUGCAAUUUGCAUGACCAAAAUGAAGAAUCUUCAUCUAUCAUCUUCAAACAGACUUCAUGUCAACAACGGAGAUAACAGUUUUCUUAAUAGACCCCAAAUUGAACAUCUAGAGACAUGAAAUUAGAAUAUAAUGUAUUUUCUCAUUUAGGUCAUGUGAAAGUAGUUAGAGCUCUGUAUAAAUAUAUUGCUCAGCAGCCUGAUGAAUUAUCUUUUGAAGAAGGGGAUAAUCUUUAUAUAUUAGAUGUGAAAAGUGAUGUCAAUUGGUGGAAAGCAUCUUGUCGAGGAAAAAUUGGCUUGAUACCUAUGGAAGAGAGUACUGAAGAAGUGCUUCAUCCGUUACAUGAAGCUGCUAAAAGAGGGAAUUUGACUUUCUUGACUGAAUGUCUUAAAAAUAAG